AUGGCCACCCCACCCAAGAGGAGCUGCCCGUCUCCCGCAGCCAGCUCUGAGGGGACCCGCAUCAAGAAAAUUUCCAUCGAAGGGAACAUCGCUGCUGGGAAGUCAACGUUUGUGAAUAUCCUGAAACAAGUCUGUGAGGACUGGGAAGUGGUGCCUGAACCUGUUGCCAGGUGGUGCAAUGUUCAGAGUACUCAGAAUGAAUUUGAGGAACUGACAACAUCUCAGAAAAGUGGCGGGAAUGUUCUUCAGAUGAUGUAUGAGAAACCUGAACGAUGGUCUUUUACCUUCCAGUCAUAUGCCUGCCUCAGUCGAAUACGAGCUCAGCUUGCUGCUCUCAAUGGAAAACUCAAAGAUGCAGAGAAACCAGUAUUAUUUUUUGAACGAUCUGUGUAUAGUGACAGGUAUAUUUUUGCAUCUAAUUUGUAUGAAUCUGACUGCAUGAAUGAAACAGAGUGGACUAUUUAUCAAGACUGGCAUGACUGGAUGAAUAACCAGUUUGGCCAAAGCCUUGAACUAGAUGGAAUCAUUUAUCUUAGAGCCACUCCUGAGAAAUGCUUGAAUAGAAUAUAUUUACGGGGAAGAAACGAAGAACAAGGCAUUCCUCUUGAAUACUUGGAGAAACUUCACUAUAAGCAUGAAAGCUGGCUCCUGCAUAGAACACUAAAAACCAACUUUGAUUAUCUACAAGAAGUGCCUAUCUUAACACUGGAUGUUAAUGAAGACUUUAAAGACAAACAUGACAGUCUAAUUGAAAAGGUAAAACAGUGGGACACAGUGAGGGAUCCAUUUUUCCAUUAUACUUUUUACUGA